CGCGUCGCUCUUAUCGCAGCUGCCUGCUGUUGCUGUUGCUGGCGCCGCGCCGCUCACGCACGACAUGCGCUCACGCAGCUGGGCGACGUCGCUCGCUGCAGCCGCCCUGGGCCUGGCAUGCUCCACCGCCGCCCACAAGACGUUUGCAAACUACUCGCUCGCCGAAUCCCCCCAGGAGCUCUUCUCCAUCUACGGCGACCGCCCCGACGGCUGUCCCCCGUGCUUCAACUGCAACCUCGAGGACUUCAAGUGCAAGCAGUUCGCCGACUGCAGCAAGGCAAACGGCCGCUGCAACUGCGGCCCUGGCUUUGGUGGCGAGGACUGUUCAGAGCCCCUCUGUGGCGCUCUUCCUGAUGGCAAAGACCGCUCCCCCAGAGGAGGCGCAAAGGAAUGCGAGUGCAAAGACGGCUGGUCAGGCAUCAACUGCAAUGUUUGCCAGACCAACAAUGCCUGCAACGCCAUGAUGCCAGACGGAGAGGGUGGAGUCUGCUACAAGGACGGCCAAUUGGUCAAGGAGAACUUCCAGAUCUGCGACAUCACAAACCGAAAGAUUCGCGACACCUUGAAGGAGAAGAAACCGCAGGCGACCUUCUCGUGCAACGCCGAGACGGAGGAGUGCAACUUCCAGUUCUGGGUCGACCAGAGGGAGUCCUUCUACUGCGCCCUCGACACGUGCGCCUCGCACUUCGCCGCCGAAGCUGACCGCAACAUCACCAAAUACCGAUGCGAGAAUAUCAAGUGCGAGUGUGUCCCUGACAGGAUGCUCUGUGGCGAGGACGGCUCUGUCGACAUUGGCGACUUCUUGAGGGAGUCUAUCAAGGGUCCCGCCGAAUUCAAGGGCAUCUCGGCCAUCAACCACAAAGAAAGCGGCAGCACCUUCUCCGAGCCCGCCAUGAACGACCUCAUCUCGAGCAUCUUCGGCGACGAAAGCAUCUUCCUGCAGUGCGACACUGGCGAGUGUUUGUACCACACUGAGGUACCCGGCUACGAAAGACCGAUCAAGAAAAUCAACACACCUCUCAUUGCGGGCGUCAUUGCCGGCUGUGCACUCUUCAUCGUGGCGGCAAUCUUGACGGUGUGGUACCUCACCCAUCGCGCCGAGGCAAGGCGUUACGGUCCCAUUCAUCUGUCAGACGAUGAGGAGGAUGAGGAUGCGAAGCUCCUUGCAGACCACAAGCCAGCUGCUUUCCUCUUCGAAAACGUCGCCUACAACCUCAACGGAAAGCAGAUCCUCUCUGGUAUUUCUGGUGCGGUCCAUCCUGGAGAGCUCCUGGCCAUCAUGGGCGCCUCUGGUGCUGGAAAGACUACCUUCUUGGAUAUCCUCGCCCGCAAGCAGAAGAUUGGAGUCGACAGUGGCGAUUUCUACGUCAAUGGAGAAAAGGUUCGCGACGACGAGUUCCGCAGCGUUAUUGGCUUUGUGGACCAGGAGGAUACUCUGCUACCCACCUUGACUGUGCACGAGACUAUUCUUGACUCGGCUCUUCUGCGCCUACCCAAGGAAAUGAGCCGCAGCUCAAAAGAACAAAAGGUUGAAGACGUCGAACGCCAGCUUGGUAUCUACCACAUUCGCAACCAGAAGAUUGGCUCCGAGGAAAGUGGCCGUGGCAUUUCCGGCGGAGAGAAGCGCCGUGUCGGUAUUGCUUGUGAGCUUGUAACGUCGCCCAGCAUCCUCUUCCUGGAUGAGCCUACUAGCGGACUGGACGCAUACAACGCUUUCAACGUCGUCGAGUGCCUUGUCAACCUUGUCAAGAACUACAACCGAACCGUCGUCUUCACCAUUCACCAGCCGCGCUCCAACAUUGUAGCCCUCUUUGAUCAGCUGAUUCUGCUUGCAAAAGGUCGCACUGUCUACUCUGGGCCUUUUGAGAGCUGCCAGUCCUACUUUGACGAGCUUGGCUACACCUGCCCACCCGGUUUCAAUAUUGCCGAUUACAUUGUGGAUCUCACCAUGCACGCGAGCACGUCGCGCCAAACUAUUGACGAAGACAGCUUCCUCUUCAACCGUGACGUCAGCCGCGAUGGACUGGCCACAAGUGCAAGCAGCGCAAUCGCCGUCAAGUCUAUUCCUAGCAUCAACACCUCUGAGCUUGAGCGAGACAUUGCCGGAAGUCCCAGCAAUUCUAGCAUGAUGCGACCCAAGAACAAGCGAAGGACAUCUAUCAAGCAGCAGCAGGAACGCGAGCUCUUCACGCGGAAAAAGUUUGCUACUUCUACCAACGAUGGCACCAUGUCGCCCAAGACGGAUGAAGAGCCCUAUGAUCGUCGAAGCGCCAUCAAGGCCCAGUGGCUGAAGCUUACUCGUCAACAAGGUGGUGUACCUCCUCAGAUUCUCGAGGAUCCCGAUGAGCUCCCACCCCCUGCUAACGGCGCCACUGGAACCAACCUCGACCUUCUCAUCAAUGCCUAUGCCUCGUCGGAAAUCGCCGCCAGUAUUCGUGAGGACAUUGCCACUUCGGUCGCAAACGCCAACCAAGCCAACGGCACCAACAGAGUCCAGGAGCUCAACGGCUUCAUCGCAGCAGGCAAGCUGAAGGGGUUCAAAAAAGUUGGCUUGUUGGGUCAGUUCACGAUCUUGUCGCGACGCACAUGGCGCAAUCUCUACCGCAACCCUAUGCUUAUGCUCACCCACUACGCCAUUGCCAUUGUUCUGGCCGUGUUUUUGGGCUUCCUCUUCUACGGCCUUACCGACGAUAUCAAGGGUUUCCAGAACCGUCUUGGUCUGUUCUUGUUUGUUCUCUCGCUCUUCGGCUUCAGCAGUUUGACCAUCCUCACCGUCUUCGCGCCCGAACGGUUGCUCUUUACUCGCGAACGUGCCAAGGGCUACUACUCCCCACCCGCAUACUUUGCCGCCAAGGUCAUCUUCGACAUCAUCCCUCUACGCCUGCUUCCACCCAUGAUUCUUGGCAUCAUUGUCUAUCCGAUGACGGGUCUUAUUCCAGCCUGGGCCAACUUCCUCAAGUUUACGCUUUUCCUUGUCCUAUUCAACCUUGCUGCUGCGGCCAUCUUCCUCUUCAUUGGUAUCGUGUUCCGUAACUCUGGUGUCGCGAACCUGAUUGGUGUACUUGUCAUGCUCUUCAGUCUUCUAUUCUCCGGUUUCUUCUUGAACAAGGAUAGUAUUCCUGCCGUUGCCAAGUGGUUGCAAUCUUUGUCAAUCUUUCACUACGCCUUUGAAGGUCUCAUCGUCAAUGAGGUCAAAUAUCUCUCUCUCAUCGACCACAAAUACGGUCUUGAUAUUGAAGUCCCUGGAUCCGCUAUCCUUAGUUCGUUUGGUUUCAACACGCAAGCGCUGUGGACGGAUUGCAUCGGGCUAGGCGUGUUUGGCGGCGCAUUUGUGCUGCUGGCCUACAUGGCUAUGCAUCUCUUGCUCGUGGAGAAGAGGUAGUGGAUGAACGUGGGAUUGAUGGGGUUUUUUUUUCUUUAGUUAUUGCAUAUGUUGUCAUGUGGUCGGCUAAUGGCGCCAUAGAGGCACAUGGGUGGGUGGUAUCUUUGCAUAUACGGCGUUCAGGCCAAUGGCCUUUUUGGAGAGUGUUGUCAUAUACAUAUCUACGCUCGAUCUUUUCCUUUUCAUGAUCAUCUCAAUGUGGUACUGCGUUCACAUGCCACGCUAUGCCUAAGUGUGCACUCCAGCACUUUCCAUUGGGUAAAUUCUUAACCACCCAGUACACCCAGUCUAUCUGAAAAAAAAAUCUGCAUUUAUCGUUCUCCAUUUGCAUACAGAGAAAUCC